GUGCGCAUGCGCGACGGCGGCGGCGAAGGGGCGUCGGGCCCACUUCCCGCAGUUGUCCGGCUGUGGCGGCCGCCGCGGCGGGAUGGUGUAGUCGUCGCGGGAGGGGCGGGCUAAGCCGGCGAACGGGCUCCGGCGCCACGGCUGCGCGCUGAGGGGCCGUCGCCGCCCGCCGCGGGUGCGGGGCGCCGUCAUGGAGGCCCGCGGGGUGCUGGACGAGUUCACGGCGCCCGCCGCGAAGGCGGCGCUGCUAGAGCGGAGCCGCAGUCGCAUCGAGGGCCUAUUCGGCGUGAGCCUGGCCGUGCUGGGCGCGCUGGGCGCCGAGGAGCCGCUGCCCGCCCGCAUUUGGCUGCAGCUGCGCGGCGCGCCAGGCGCGGUGCACAGCGCCAAGGAGUACAUCAAAGGCAUCUGCGAGCCUGAACUGGAGGAAAGAGAGUACUACCCCAAGGCCAUGCACUGUGUUUUUGUUGGGGCGCACAGUCUGUUUCUGAAGAGCUUGAUCCAGGACACUUGUGCAGACCUCUGUGUACUGGACAUUGGCCUUCUUGGUAUCAGAGGAAGCGCAGAGGCUGUGGUCAUGGCCAGGAGCCACAUUCAGCAGUUUGUGAAACUCUUUGAGAACAAUGAGAACCUGCCCAGCAGUCAGAAAGACUCAGAGGUAAAAAGGGAAUUCAAGCAAUUUGUUGAAUCUUGGGCAGACAAUUACACAAUGGAUUUGUUGAUUUUGCCUACUUCCUUGAAAAAAGAGCUUUUGAGUCUCACCCAAGGCGAGGAGAAUCUAUUUGAAACCAGAGGCGAAGAGGUUGUUGAAAUUGGAGAUGCUCGGCAAACAGAAUUUGCACAGAAUGCUACUGUAGAACUGAGUGUUUCUGGAGAUGAAACUGUUGCGCAGGAAGAUGCACGAAAUGAAGCUCGGACUCCUGUUUCUGAGCUCACAGAACAAAUGGACACCGUCUUUUCCAGUUCACCAGCUAUACCUUCUGUACAGCCUGUGAAUGGUCUAAACCCCGCUGAAGGGGCCCUUUCCAAAGAGAGAGUUUGUUACAAAAGGAGAUUCUCUGAUUCAGAGGAAAGACGCACCAAAAAGCAGUUUUCCUUAGAAAAUGUUCAAGAGGAAGAACUUUCACAUCAUGGCAAGCCAUCAGCUGGAAAUGUAAUCAUUGACCUCUCUGACUCUUCUGUGAACUCUGAAAAUUUAAGUCUGGAUGGGAAAGACGCUACCGAGGAGAUGGAAUACAAUAUCCUUGUAAACUUUUUUAAAACCAUGGGCUAUUCCGAAGAAAUUGUCACAAAGGUAAUUAGGGAGUAUGGGCCUUCUACUGAACCGUUACUGCUCUUGGAAGAAAUUGAAAAAGAAAAUAAACGGUUCCAAGAAGACAAAGAAUGUUCACCCAGUGCCAUGUAUCCAGAUACUACUAAAACCAGAAGUAAAGGUGUUUGUGGCAGCUUGAAUGAAUUCACAGCAAAUUCCACUCCAAAGAAGACAGGGGCUUAUACGCAACAAAGUACAAUAGAGAAGUUUUCUCAGUUACCAUUCAAAGUAGAAGCUAAACCAAACUGCAAAAAUAGUACUUUCAGGACAGUGCCAGUGGGACAGAAACAUGAAAUCCAGGGUUCACACCAGAGCUGUGUGUAUAAUUCAGACCUAGAAACCGACGGCCUUUUACCCUCUGUCGCCUCACUAAGUCCCAAAGAUGUCAAUUUUGUUUCGAGGGGAGCUUCAGGUCACCAGCCUAGAAUUCCAGUUUUUCAUGAAAAUGGUUUACAGCAGCAAGCAGAAACCUUGGUUCCGAAUAAUCUGAAACCUGCCUGUGAAAAGCCUUUGGGGUCCUGCAACUCCCCUCAAUCUAAGCUGAACUGCCCGCCCCUUUCACCAACCAUGCCACUGCCCCUGCUCCCCCCCUCAGUUAGCGAGGCAAGAUUGGUAGCCCCGUCGGAUCAUAUCGAUUCCUCAGUGACUGGGGUCCAGCGGUUUCGAGAUACUCUGAAAGUACCCUACAAGCUGGAAUUAAAAAAUGAGCCAGGAAGAGCAGAUCUGAAGCACAUCGUCAUAGACGGGAGCAAUGUUGCCAUCACCCAUGGUCUGAAAAAGUUCUUUUCUUGUCGUGGGAUUGCAAUUGCAGUGGAGUAUUUUUGGAAGCUUGGCAACAGAAACAUCACUGUGUUUGUUCCUCAGUGGAGAACAAGACGAGACUCCAAUGUCACAGAACAGCACUUCCUCACCCAGCUCCAGGAGCUUGGAAUAUUAUCUCUAACUCCUGCUCGGAUGGUCUUUGGAGAAAGAAUUGCAUCUCACGAUGACAGGUUUCUGCUACAUUUAGCGGACAAAACUGGUGGCAUAAUUGUAACAAACGAUAACUUCAGAGAAUUUGUGACUGAGUCAAUCUCCUGGAGAGAAAUUAUUACAAAAAGGUUGCUGCAGUACACCUUCGUGGGAGACAUAUUUAUGGUUCCUGACGACCCUCUGGGAAGAAGUGGACCUCGACUGGAAGAGUUUCUUCGGAAGGAGGUCUCGCUUAGAGACAUGCAGCCCCUGCUCAGCGCCCUGCCCAAGGUGGGCAUGUUUGACCCCGGACUCAGAGGCCCUGCCCAGCCAGCCAGUGCCAGCCACCAGCCUCCAGCCCGGACCCAGGGAGCAAGCCCGGGCCCCUGGCUCCCUCAGCAGCCCCGCUUCCUGCUCCUGCCCAGCCUGCCCCUGCCUACACAGAGGUCUCCUGUGGAGACCAGCGAGCUGAGGGAGGCCCUGCUGAAAAUCUUCCCCGACUCUGAGCAGAGGCUGAAAAUCGACCAGAUCCUGGCGGCCCACCCGUAUAUGAAGGACUUGAACGCGCUCUCUGCCAUGGUGUUGGACUGAGGCUGUCGCCAGCACCAAGGUUGCGCACGCCAGGAGCCCUCACUGGAGAUGCCUUCCCAGGUAGACGCCUUUGCAUAGGGAACAGAAAAGAAGGUGUGUGUACAGACACCCUGGAGUUCAAAACCAGCUUUUUUCUAUAAAUUAUGCUGCUAUUACAGAUCUCACAUUUUCUGUAAGAGAAAAGUAUACGUUUUCUGCCUGUUCAAACUGUUUACUAGCAGUUACUCUUUGGUGUAUUUACAUUUUUAUGUUUUUUAAAACUAUUUUCCUUGAAGCGGAUAUUGACAAAUGGAUCUGGUUCGUCUUUCUAAAUAAAAGAGUUGCUUUCUUAAGGAAAGCAGUAGCUCUUAAAAGUAUAUUUUCUUGAGGUGAAUGUGUCCUGUCCACUGACCUGGAGUGCUCCCUGCCCACUUGCCUUGGGUGUAUGUCAGUGUGCUCCUGUGGGAUCUCCCGUUGGAGCUGUUUGGGAGAGUGGACAAGUGGUGCCACUAGGUGGCACUUUGUGCCUGGCCACUGUUCAUGCCCAGGGCCGAGUCACAUUAUCUGGGUGGGCGACUCCAGUGCCACAGGAUUGGAGCGGAGGCCCAGCACAGGCCUUCCUGGUACCCCCAGGCCAUGCUCCUCACCCAAGGCUGCAGCCUCCAUGUACCGGGCUCAGAGUCCUGUUUGCGUCUCAGGAGACUGCACAGGGUUGAGGGCUUCAGCGCAGAGCCCUGGCCGAGGGGUGUGCCCCACGGUGGGGUUUGCAUAGCUUUGCCAAAAAUGUUUUCUAUUCUCAAGAUGACGCAAGCCAGUAAAUAGCAUCAGCAGCUUCAUGGGGGCCAAAGCCUUCUAUUUAUUUAUUUUCUGGUGUUUGUACCUUCCGUGUUGUGAGCAGCUCUUCCCGAGUCUUUCUUAGAACCGAUCCUGUUAGUGGUGUCCACUUUGGUGUUGCUCCAGUCCUGUGCCAGUGAGGUUCUUCCCUGAUGGUUCCUGACAUCUGUACACUCAUCCGGGCCUUCAAAGGGCUUUGUGCUCCACUCACACGCUCUCUCUGGCUGCUCACAGUGGCCUCGUGUCUGCCCCAUGGACCGUGUCUCCUGGGCCUAGGAGCAGUGGCCAUGGACUUGGUGCUGGCCUGUCCUUCAUGGUGUGGGCCCCAGGUGGCAUUCCAGAUUGUGCCCAGGCCAUGUGCUGUUGGUUCUGUGUGGCCCCUGCAGCCCUAGGAAGCUGACUCCGAGCCCUCUGUGCAAGCAAACUUGUGUUUUGGUCACGUUUUUUUCCAGGUGCCCGGGUGCACAUCCUGAAGCAGAAGUCAUCGGUUGCUGCUUCAGGCCCUGUGACCUGCGAGGUGUGGACUCGAGUCAGAGGUUGCAGGCAUUCCAGGGAAGUGGCCUGAGCCAUGGUCCCCAUCCCAGGCUGUGUUUGACCCCCUGGCCUAGGAUUCAUCCUGGAGACAGACUGCCAGCUAGGGCCGGCCAGUGGAGGGCCCGUUGUCUCUUGGGCUCCAGAAGCAAUUUGAGCUGGACCUGAGUCCUGUGAGCUUGGUAUUCUUAGUAUUGUUUCAGAGAUAGGCUCGUCGCCUUCCCUCUCGGACAUGGGAGGGGAGAAGAGUAGGUAGGGAGAAUACAGAGGGACAUUAAUCAUUUCUUACAUUACUGUGAGAAGCCUAACUCCCAGUUCUUUCUGAGAUACAUUGUGUUUACUUUAAUGUUUAAAGACCCGGCUAUCCAACCAUUGAAGGCGAACUAUCCUCAGCUGCUUCUUCUCGGACCUGCCUUUGCUGGUGGGCGUGGAAGAUGUUCCUGCCCUUCCAGGUGGCCCCUGCCCUCUCCGUGCAGGUGCCUGCCUGCCCUCCCAGCAUUUGGUGUUGAGCCCUCAGCCUCCUUGUGAGGGGCUGCAGGGCGGGGCCCAGGCUGCUGCCUCUGGGAGGGAAAGGAUCUUCUCGGUGCAGACACCCUGGGCUGGCAGCCAGGAGUGAGAGCAGGCCUCACAGCCCUUCUGGGCGAUGGUCUGGACGUCGGGAAGACUUGCCGUGUUGCCGGGAGUGGGGUCGGACUUGUGGGCUUACCACGGGCACUGAGUCUCUACUUCUCCUCCGAGCUUCCUGUCCUUGCCUGUCCUUCCGGGGUCCUGAGCCCCUCAGGCCUACAUCUCCUCAGUGUAAUUUAUUUAUUUAAUCAUAACUGCUCACCUCCUUUUCUGCGUGAUCUACCUCUCCAUUACCCUGCGCCCCCACGUAUACAUGUGUGCAUAUACACACCUCUGGUUUUAAUAGUACUGGGCGUUGAACCCAAGGCCUACACACUGAGCUACAUCCCCAGCCCUUCAAAAAAGUGUUUUAAGUAUUUUUGACACUGCCAGGUAUGGUAGUGUAUGCCUGUAAUGUCAGCACUUGUGAGGCUGAGGCAGGAGGAUCACUGUGAGAUCAAGACCAGUCUGGCCUACAUAGCGAGACCCUGUUUUAAAAAAAUUUUUUUUUUCUUUGAAACAAGUUCUUACUAAGUUGCUAAGUUAUCAAAGAUGGGCUCAAACUCAAGACUCUCCUGCCUCAGCCCUUAGAGUGCUAGGUUACAUGUCAGCAUUGACUGCAUUGGGUACUGUUGACUUUGCUGUCAACAUUUCUUUCCCUUCUGGAUGUUCUUUGUUCCUUUUUUUCGUUUUACAAGUCCUUAGCCCCUCUGUUUCUUAGCAGUCGGUCGUCAAACUACGGGCCUCUGUAGGAGUCAGGGUGGAGGUAGUACCUCUUGCUGGAGACGCAGAGUGUUUGGCCUCCAGAAGAGCUCAGCGUGGAGCCCUUUCCUAUUCCGUUCCGGCGGCCCUGGACCACGCUUUGAGAAACCCACCUGCCUCGGUGGUCCACGCUCUCCAAGCCCGACUCUGCUGCGGCAACCCAUAGUCCAUCAUAACCCAUGGAGCCCCCAACUCCCCUGCCUCUGCUCUGAGCGCUCCAUGUACUCAUGCACCUCCCCCCCCACCCCCACCCCCGUGUUCCUGUGCUUGUGCACCAGCCCCCCAGCGCUCGCCCACGUGCUCAGACGGGUCUUCCUUUCCCUGGGCCACCAGCGGCUCCCAUCACACCCCUGCUGCCCACGCCUUGAGUGCCCCUCUGGACCCUUCCCCAGAUGCCCACUGAGCCACUCAGAUCUCCUCCGCAGAGCCUGCUGGCCCUUCCGUGCCCCUGCCCAGUGCUGAGCAGACCAGCCUUGUGGUGUCGUGUGGCCUGUGUGACCUCCCUCUAGACUGUGAGCUCCUCGCGGGCAGGCCGUCUGUGCACGCUGUACCCCACGCACCGAGCACAGUGCCUUGCACUUGACAGGUGCUCAAUAAAUGUUUGCUAAGUGA